UUUUUACUGUCAACACUGACAAAUAUUGACUGUAAAUAAUGAUUCGUAAAGAAAAAGAUGUUUUCACAACUCCUCCGAUAAAAAAGCUGAGAUUUCGGAGUGAUAUCAAUUUUGAUAAUCGCAUCGAAGACUUAUUCGAAGAUGCUGACAAACGGAAGAGCCGGAUCGGAGAUGUCAACGGUGAGGAUGCCAUUCAAAAAGAGAAACCUGAAGCUCAACAGAAAUCGUUUUUCGAUUUUAUCAAAAUCGAAUUAACACGUGGCUAUGUGCUGGAACACGAUGAAGAGAGGUACUCGGCGAGGAGAGAAAAGAUCUACAAUUUUAUGACAAUUCCGAGGGAAUUGGAAAAGUUUAUGAUCUACGGUGUGUUGCAGUGCGUUGAUUCGUUCCUGUACAUUCACACCUUCCUACCGAUACGAUACUUGUUGGCCCUGUGGGGUGUUGUUUGGCGUCCAAUAGCUACAUGUUUCGGUUUAAGGCGACGUGGUCAACGCUUCCUUGCACCAGCUGAAAUAUGCGAUCUCUUGAAGGGAACGAUCUGGAUCUUAUGCACAUGGUUGAUCAUCAUGAUCGACACGAACCGUAUCUACCACAUCAUCAAGAGCCAGUCUGUGAUAAAAUUGUACAUUUUCUAUAACAUGUUAGAGGUCGGAGACAGACUUUUAUCGGCCUUCGGUCAGGAUUCCAUAGAUGCCUUAUUUUGGACGGCCACCGAACCGAAAGAUCGGAAGCGAGCUCAUUUCGGUGUGUUUUGGCAUGUGUUCCUCGCGUUGAUUUACAUUAUUCUUCACAGCAGCUUGAUCAUGUUCCAGGCCACCACCGUAAACGUUGCAAUUAAUUCGAACAACAAAGGUCUGCUGGCGAUUAUGAUGUCCAACAAUUUUGUGGAGUUGAAGGGUAGCGUUUUCAAGAAAUUCGACAAAAACAAUCUGUUCCAGUUGACCUGCAGUGAUGUUCGGGAACGUGUACAUUUAACUGUUUUGCUGUUUGUGGUCGUCAUUCAAACGAUGAAAGAAUUCAAUUGGAAAAGUGAACAAUUUUUCGUUCUCCUGCCCGACUGUAUCAUCGUGCUGGUGGUGGAAGUACUUAUUGACUGGAUUAAGCACGCGUUCAUAACACGCUUCAAUGAGAUCCCAGCGGACGUUUACACUGAAUAUACCAUAAGUUUAGCGUACGACAUGACGCAGACUCGACAAAAGCAUGCGUUUUCCGAUCAUUCAGAUUUGGUGGCACGUCGAAUGGGUUUCAUUCCGUUUCCAUUGGGUGUGGUGUUGAUAAAGGCCUUAUACACAGCUGUAUCGUUUGACAAUGCAGCCUCAAUCAUCUUAUUAGUGAUUGCUUAUCUCACUCUGGUCAGCUGUCGCAUAUUGAAUACCAUUUGUGCUCUGGGCAAAGCCUGCGAUCUGAUGCAGAAGCAUCAAGAUGAAAAAAAUCAGAAUUCAUCAACACCAACCGGUCCAACAAAUGCCAGUAGUCAUUUGAACGGUAUUAGCGCAUUGUCGCCGACGCCUGCCAAAAAUCAACAACGACCACAUAAUUACAGCGUUACCACAGAUACGGCAACAUCGCCCAUUCACUCGUUUCAACCGUUGCAGCGAUCCCGUACUGUGGACAUCGUCGUCAACGAUUCAAAGACUAAUUUGCAUACCAGUUCGUUGCUUAAUGAUCCCAGUUUCGGUGCCACAGCACUAUUUUCGAACAGCGACGUUGACCUGGACGACAUUUGUUUGAAUGAAAAAGUGCUGAACAUAACUCAGGACGAUGUGUUCGAAGAAAUGCCAUUGGCCAGGAGUGUACCGGAUUUACAGCAGCAAGAUGGUGGUGAUAGUGAUGGAGUUGAAGUGGUUACAGGUAGACGGACGCACAAACGAUCAGAAUCGGAUCCAUUCAUUCAGAGUGCUCAUAUGGAAGGUGGGACGGAACGAGCGUGAAAAUUAAAAUUUAGACUGAUAAUGGCAUCGCUUCGAUAAUUGCAAAGCUGAAGUGUCUCAGACUUUUUUUUGCAUUAAUUUUUUCGCAUUUUUUCCUUUUUGUUUUGGCUUUGUUGUGUUGUGAAGGAAUUUGUGUUUUUUUUAGUUUAAUUCAAUUGUUGGAACGAUGAGAAACAUUAAAAGCGAUUAAGUUGAUGGCG